CCACAGUCUGCCUUUGACUUCGGGACCGGCGAGCCCAGCUCUCGGACGGACAGACGGACGCUGACCCAGGUGCUGCCGCCCCCUCCGCAGCCAUGCCGGAAGUCGAGAGAAAAUCCAAGAUCACCGCCUCCCGCAAGCUCAUGCUGAAGAGCCUGAUGCUGGCCAAGGCCAAGGAGUGCUGGGAUCAGGAGCUGGAGGAGCGGGAGGCUGAGAAGUCGCGCUACCUGGCCGAGCGCAUCCCCACGCUGCAGACGCGGGGCCUGUCCCUCAGCGCCCUGCAGGACCUGUGCCGGGACCUGCACGCCAAGGUGGAGGUGGUGGACGAGGAGAGAUACGAUAUCGAGGCCAAAUGCCUCCACAACACCAGGGAGGUGAGCCGGGCUGCCCAGCGUGGACGAAACCCAGGUGCCCACAGCACCGCCCGCAGCCCCCCGAGAUGA